GUUGUUAACACGCCACACGUCAUGUUUUCACUUUUAAAAUUACAUAACCUCAAAUCACGCAUUGUGGGGCCUCUCAGGCAAUGCAGUCAAUUCAAAACGAAACUGUACAUGAAAACCGCCCAUUUAGAAAGCAAAAAACCAUUAGACGAACUUAUUAAAAAAUUUGCCCUAAGACUUAUAUACAACACUAUAGUCGAAAGGAAAGUUUUAAGAUCUGAACAACUACAAAAAAACAAAAGUUUUAAAAAGGUACAACUACAAGAACCUGUUCCAGUUACAUUAAAAUAUUUAAACGAUGACAUACACAUUAAAGAAGACACACCAGCAACCACUUCUGAGUCAUACGAAAGUGAAGUAGUAAAUUUUCCAUACAACUCAAGUGGCCACAACGUGGAAACAUCUCACGAAAUAAAUGAAUCCCAAAGUGACCCUUAUUCUCCAGAUGUGGCAACCGCCUUAAGCGAAGAAGUGCAAAAACGUUAUGAACUUCACCAAGAAAUGAAAAACUGGAUGCUAUCAUAUGACAACUAUGACGAUAGUUGCUUGGGUAGUGAAGGUGAGUUAGAUAUAAAUGAAAGUGGUGUGUAUUAUGGCACACCCGACCCGAAAUCUAAAAUUAGUAAUGUCCCUUGUGGUGGUUGUGGGGCUCUUCUCCACUGCAGAGACACAGCAAUUCCAGGCUACAUCCCUUCAGAAAUCUUUAAAAAUAGUGUGGCUUAUGGUGGUUCAAACCUAGAAGCAAUAGUUUGCCAAAGAUGCCAUUUUUUAAAACAUUAUAAUGUGGCGCUUCAAGUUCAAGUAACCCCAGAGGAUUAUCCUAAAGUUUUAUCCACAAUUGGUGAAAGAAGAGGUUUGGUAAUACUUCUGGUAGAUUUGUUAGAUUUCCCUUGUUCGAUUUGGCCUGGGAUUGGGGAGAUUUUUGGGAGCCGAACACCGAUUAUUAUUGUGGGUAAUAAAGUUGAUUUGUUGGCUCAAGAUAGUAAAGAUUUUUUCAAACAUAUAAGGAGGACACUCUUAAACAGUGUUAAGUUACAAGGAUUUGCCACUUUUAAUAUUAAGGACAUUGUGCUAAUUUCGGCAAAGACGGGUUACGGGAUUGAGGAUUUAAUCACAAAGCUUAAUAGUUUGAAAAGGGUUAACGGAGACGUCUACAUUGUGGGUUGUACCAACGUAGGAAAGUCAAGUUUGUUUAAUGCGUUGCUACAGUCCGACUACUGUAAGACUCAAGCUAUGGAUUUAAUUCAGAGAGCUACGACCAGUGUAUGGCCUGGUACUACGUUAAACUUGCUCAAAUUCCCCAUCAGACGUCCAGAAGGAUAUCGGCAGUAUUUAAGACACAAGAGAUUAGAAAUACUGGAGAAGAUAGAAACUGAAGAACAAGAAUUCCGGAAACAGCAGUUAAAAGUUACUAAAAACCCGAAAUACGCGUCUCUGAUUGGUCACAUUGAUGUAACGAAAAACCCAUACAAGAAUAUGAAGUCUAAUGAAGAAGUCAAAGAUAUGUUUACUAUAAGAGACAAUAAAUAUGACAAAGGAGUUACAAAAAUGGGGAUAAACGAAAAAAGUCCUGAAUUCAUACAUAGCAAAUGGUGUUAUGACACUCCGGGAGUGGUACAACCUGAUCAAAUCAUUCAUUUGUUAACUACGGAUGAACUGUUGUUGACAUUACCAAAACAGGUUAUUUUACCUAGAACUUUCUGUGUUAAACCUAACUCCACUCUUUUUAUUGGGGGUUUAUCCAGAUUGGACUAUGUAAACGGGUCUAGUUCAGUUAGAUUGAGUGUUUUCGCGUCAAACGAAUUACCAAUCACGAUUUGUGACACCGGCGAUGCCGAAGAACUCUACGAAGAAUUACUAGGCACGGAUUUACUAAAAGUACCAACGGGUGGGGCUGACAGACUUGCAAAAUGGCCCAAAUUGGAGAUGGCGAAAGAAUUUACCAUAACAGGAAUUAAUUGGCAAAGGUCGGCCAACGACAUUGUUUUGUCUAGUUCAGGUUGGGUUGCUCUAACAGGGAAGGAAAGCCUCCAAUAUAAUUUCAGAGCUUGGACCCCUGAAAAACGAGGUGUUUAUUUGAGGGACUGUCUUUUGCCACAUGCUGUAGCUUUAACGGGCAGAAGAGUAAAAAAUAGUGUAGCUUAUAACAAAUAUAAAUUCUUUUUACAAUAAUUAUUUUGACAAUGUUUAUUAAACUUGCGGAAACUAA